GGAGAAGGUACUUCUAAAAAACCAGAGGACUAUGUGCAGCGACUUGAGACAACAAUAGAUGAAAAUCGAAAAUUUAAAUUUAUUAAAAGCCGCAGCAAAUUUAUGAUAAAGGAUUUACCUCGAGACCCUGAGGGGUUGUUAAGUGGAAUUUUUCAAUUUUUCCUCGAUGAGGCUGUGGAAGAAAGCCGAAAACGUGGUAUGAAGGCAGAACAACUAGGAUGUGUGGUGACCAGUCCACUGCUGGACCACGAUAUAUGGGUACCGGUUAGGUAAGCGACAUUUUACAAUAUUAGGCUAAAAUUUUGAUUUUUCAGAGAUAUAAAUGAGAACUCGGUUGAGUCUAUCCUCAACCGAUUUCUAUUGGUGGCCCAGAGUUUUA